UCCAGGAUUUAGGAGGGUCGUGAAUCAUCAUUAAAACUUCAGUAGGUUCUCAUACCUGAAAUGGAAUAUAACAUCGAUGAUUGGGCUUUAGUAAAGAUUGGUUCUUCUCUCUCUGAGACUACACUUGUUGGGUUAUUUCUCCAAUAAAGAUCCAGAACGUUGGAUUAUUCCGAUAUACUACUUAAGCAAUGCCGGGUACAAUAGUCGGACAAGAAAUAGAUGGCGUCACUACUCCAAGGGCUGUCACCGUAUCGACGGUGUUACCUAUCAAGAUGGCCGACGACCGUGAACGAAUCUGGGAGUCGCCCAGAGACCAUAAGUUCCUGAGCUGCGGCAUCUGUUUUGGCGAGUACGUGAAACCAAAGGUGCUGCCUUGCCUCCAUACCUUCUGCGAACACUGCCUGGACCGGUACAUUCCGUCGGAGAGUCUCUCCGUAUCCUGUCCGACGUGUCAAAAGCAAAGCAUUUUACCAAAAAACGGUGUUUCGGCGCUUCAAAAUAAUCUGUUGAUAGGAACGCUCAUGGAUCUAAUGGCGGCUGAAAAGGAUUGUGUUGUCUGCCAGGCGCAGGGCAAGAUGGCAACCAAAUGCCAAGAGUGUGAUGGCUUCCUCUGUGAUAGUUGUGCUGAAGGUCACAAGGAGGAUGAGGUGACCGCCUCACAUAAUGUUGUCAAACUAAGCGAACUUGCACUUUCUGAUGGAGUGGACUCUACCAACGAUUCUCUAUGUUGUUCUAGUCAUGAGGGCCAGACAUUCCAAUUCUAUUGUAAUACCUGCGAGACUGCAAUCUGCGAAAAAUGCACCGAAAUGGAGCAUGCGGAUCACGUGACACUUCCCUUGCAGGACGCCAUGGAUGACAUCAAAACAAGCUUGCAGACGAACUUGGAGCACGUUAAGGCGAAAUAUUCCUUGGUACAGGAAGCUUUGGUUAAAGUAGAAGAAGUUCAAACCAAUCUAACAAGCAAUUAUAAUGAAUGUGAGACCGAUAUACUGAAAAACUUCGAAUUAGUCGAGGAUUUAGUCGCUAGGAGAAAACAUCGUCUGAUUGACGACUUGCAGGUCGCUUACGAUAGGAAGCAUUCGGUGAUGAAGGAACAGAAACAGAUGUUAGCGAAUCUUUUGGACACUAUUGAUAGUUGUUGUGAACUUACUGAAAAUGCUGUCAAACAUGGCAACGAAACAGACAUAUUAUUAGUCAAGAAAGAAAUGAGUGAGAAAUUGACUGUAUUAAGUUCGCCAAAGAAGCAGUUCCUUCCGGAUGAGAACGAUCUGUUGGUUCUUCUUUAUACCGAUAUGGUACCUAUUGAGAAGGUCAUCAAGCGAUUUGGAAGCGUCAAGACGAAUUCUGCUGUUGCACACGAGACUGCUGCGAGUGGUGAAGGGUUGAAACAGUGUUUCACUGGAGUGAAGACGACCAUAGGCCUGACAACCAAGGAUCGAAAAGGUGACGUUACGAAAUCUGGUUAUGGGAUCUUCACGGCGGAGCUGACGGCAAGUAGCGGGAAGGUGACCAUCCCUGAAGUCGUCGAUAACGGAGGUGGGGCGUACGAUCUGUGUUAUAUUGCCACUGAAGACGGGGCGCAUCAGCUGGACAUCAACUUAUAUGGAGACCCAAUCAAGGGUUCGCCUUUCAAGAUAAAGUCUGUCCCAAAGCCGGAUGGAUACGAGUUAAAGCCACCCAGCGCCGGUAAGGUCCCGUCGAAGUCUAGCAGUAGACAACGCACCAAGCGAUCCACAAGUACAAGGUCGCAGGGGUCAAACCGAAGGUCAAACCCAAUCGAGGAUGACCUUCUAGAUAGGAUUGGGAGUAGAGGACGCAACAAGGGCGAGUUCACGAACCCCCAGGGACUUUGCACGACCUCGGAUGGCAAGAUCUUAGUCGCAGACAGUAACAAUCAGAACAUUCAAGUUUUCAACAACACCGGUGAUUUUAAGUUUAGGUUUGGGAUCCGCGGUCGUACUGCGGGACAGCUCCAGCGACCGACAUGCGUUGGUGUGACCUUGAAUGGGAAUUAUGUGAUCUCGGACUAUGAUAACAAAUGGGUCAGCAUCCACGGCCAGGAUGGGAAAUACUUGAACAAAAUCGGCACAGGAAAGCUGUUAGGACCUAAGGGAAUUGCGGUGGAUAAGAAUGGACAUAUCAUUGUCGUCGAUAACAAGGCCAGCUGUGUUUUCAUAUUCCAAAGCAACGGGAAAAUGAUCCAUAAAUUCGGCUCCCGAGGUAACAUGGAUCACCAGUUUGCUGGGCCGCAUUACGUGGCGGUAAAUGAUGAGAAUGAUAUCAUUGUAUCGGACUUCCAUAACCACUGUAUCAAGGUGUUCGAUUCCGAGGGAAGCUUCCUUUUCGCUUUCGGGUCAAAUGGUGAGGGAAAUGGACAGUUCAAUGCACCUACAGGCGUCGCCACUGACGAACAUGGGAAUAUUCUGGUGGCCGACUGGGGAAACUCGAGAAUACAGGUUUUCGACAACACCGGCUCCUUCCUCUCCUACGUCAACACGCAAGCAGACGCCCUCUAUGGGCCACAGGGGAUAGCAGUGACAUCCGAUGGCAACGUGGUUGUGGCAGAUUCAGGCAAUCAUUGCCUAAAGAUCUAUAAAUAUCUCCAAUGAUGAUCAUGAGAUAAUCUAUAGGAAAUAAUUAUUCAUAGGUAUUGUUCAAAAUGUGCUCUGUUUUCUUUGACGACGGCGUUGCAUCCAUUCAAAAUGGCCGCCAUAGGACCGUGUGUAAGUCAAUGUGCUGUGUGGAAUAUAUCAAUAUCUUUUCCCUUAUUUGAAAUGGUUGGAUCAGUGUGGUUACAAUGUAUGGGUGGUGUUGAUAUACAGGCGUAUCAGUUCGGAGAACGUGAUUUGUGAAUGGACGAAAGGAAAUCGGUUUGAAACAGGAGAUUCAAACCGUCAAGACAUCCUACGACGACAUACUGCGAGUACUCUAGUAAAUUUUGGAUAUGCAGUUAUAGAAACAGUCUUUGCAACAGUGCGAUGGUAUAACUGCCGAAUCGAACAGUGAAGACUGGCGUUCUGAGAGAUUACUGGUAUCACUAUAGUCUACUGCAUCAUUUUGAGGGAGAAUCUCAUGGCCACAACUGAGUUGGUGCGCAAGAGACAUAUCUGGUGUCUGCUGAUGCAUCUGUAAAUUGCUGAAUAUGUAGUUGGUGCCUCUAUUUUGCCGGAGUAGGCAUACGAUUGAAUAACUACUAGUUUUUAAAUGUUUUACGCUUUGCGUUUGACAUUCCAUUAUGCAAGUUUUUUAAAAGAUCAUGACGUGCCAGUGGCUCGUUUUUGGGCGUUUUUUUUUGUCAUAUUCCUGCUUGGAGAUGGACUUUUCAAAUUUUGCAUAGAGUAGUGCUAACUAGACUGUUGAGGCAACCCUCUCUACACGGUGGCUUAUUCGUUUUUGGCAUAUCACGGUUAUGCUAGUUGAUGUGUGCGGCGAUACACCAAUUCAUCUGAAUGUAACGAUGGAUCCAGCGACAUGGUAUCGAUUGUUCUUCAAGCUAUGCUUCCUAGAUCAGAGGUCAGUAUUAACCUGUCCCGUGGUUACAGUGCAAAAUACUUUGGAAAACAGGAUGAGAGGUGAUGUUCGUCGAUAUUAGCUGUUGCUCAUGUCUUUUCUUUGUAGCCAUGAGUUGAUUGCGCCAUCUAUAUAAAACAUCCUAGAAAUCUCAUUGUGCGUGUCGCUGUAGCUGACGAUUCUAUGUAAUGUAAUACCAUCAACGUGCUACGAAGCAUAUAUAUUCCAUUGAUUGGUGAUAUUGAAAACCAAUGAAUUUAGUCUUGAACGGGGUUUCCAGUGGAAAUAGUCCAAUAGGCCUGUAGCUGGCCGGCUAUUUGGUCUUGGGGGAGUUAAACACAAUGGCUCGGACUGUUCAACCUCUUUCCCACUUUCGUUGGAUGAGAAAAAGAGCAUCCACUUGGAGAAAAGCUGAAUAAAGUAUGUAUCUGAAAAUGUUUUACGGUAAAUUUAAUUUGUCUAGUCGCACCAUAAUAAACACGAUAAAUACUCAAA